AUGUUUGAAUCUGUAGUGACGGAAUAUCUUGAAACAACGCUUAAUAAAAAUUGGACACUUUUAGGAAUUCUAGAAUUUGCGCGAUCGAAAUCGAGCCCAAAAUUAUCUGUAGCUACAAUCGAUGAUUUCAAAGAAGAUUUGUAUAAAAUAUUACGAAGAUAUCAAGAAAAGUUUAAUGUUCACGUAAAUGCCAAAAAUAAGGCGUCAAAGAUUUUAUCGAGUUUUGACUCAUCAUUCUCCACUGCCGAGGUUAAGCAAUUCAUCAAGGAUCUUGAGUAUCACGAAGAAGCGCGAAUAAACGUAACAUCAACUUACACUGCCACAGUAUUAAGGGAUCAACAAGAAAACCAAAUACUUAUUGAUCAAUUACGAGGAACAUCCUCGGAAAAGAAAAAGGAACGUGAAAAAAUUACUAGACCACUUGAUUCGGAAGAUGGUGACCAUUUGUACAAACGUCAAUGUAAAGACGAAGGACUAUCAGAUUUGACCGAAGUUUUAGAUGAUGAAGAAUCCUAUAUUGAAUGGGAAUUUGAUGCACCGAAACCAAAUUGGAUAGAUAAAAUAACGCAAGAGCGUGAUUUAUUAAUUUCCUAUGCUAUUAACUGUAAUGAUAAAAAGACCCAAUAUGAAUCAUCAUUAAAUCCAAUUUGGUGGAGGAUUAUUGAUAUAUCCGAUCCAGAGAUCGGUACCAUUAUGUCGGAAGAUGAAUUGUUAGAAUUGAAUGCAAAGUUUUCAUCUCUUCUAGAAAACUGGACCACAUUAGAACCAAAGGCGGAAAGUUGCUUACAGUCUCUCGAAAAGCUUGACAACGAUCAACUCCGAAUUAUUGGAGAAAUAGUAAGACCAAGAGGAACACAUGGUGCGAUUAUUGAGCUUCAAAAAUUAUUGGAAAAAAUAAAGGAACAUAAAGUUCCAGAAUCGGAUAAUUUAUUUGAUGAAAAAGAUAAUGAAACGGAUCAGCACGAAGAGAUUUCACCAUUAACUCCCGACGAUUGUAUGAAUCCGGAUUCUUAUGUAACAAUUUCAUUCAGAUGCGAAAUGAUUUCAAAAGGAAUUACUCAACGACCAAAUACUGAACGCGACAUUGAUGUAUUUAUAAAACGGCACAUUUUCGCUUGUUUUGAUACUAUUCUGGACAGUCAUUUUGGCGAGAUGGUAUCUAGGUCUUCCCGAAAUCGCCGAGCGGAGGCAAUAAAUGCACCAACUAAUGCAGAAGGUUAUCACUUGGACUGGAUGUUCACG